UGCAGGUAAGAAAACUUUCACUGAAAUAUCAGUUAUUAAUGUUCAACAAUGGAUGUGUAACAGAAAGAAAAUACAUAAGUGCAUGGAGUGUGGUAAAAGUUUUGGAAGAAAAGAUACCCUCCUCUCCCACCAAAGGACACACAUAGGAGAGAAACCAUACAAAUGCCUGGAGUGUGGGAAAAGCUUCAGUCAAGGUAGAAGCCUUACUUCGCACCAAAGGGUACACACAGGGGAAAAACCAUACACAUGCUUGGAGUGUGGAAUAAGCUUCAGUCACAGUUCAGACCUUCAUCGUCAUCAGAAAAUUCACACAGGGGAGAAACCAUACAAAUGCCAGGAGUGUGAGAAAAGUUUCAGUUGCAGUUCACAGCUUAAUGUCCAUCAGAAAAUUCACACAGGGGAGAGACCAUGCAAAUGCCUUGAGUGUGGGAAAAGCUUUGUUGAUAGUUCCAACCUGACAUCCCAUCGAAAAAUUCACAUAGGGGUGAAACCGUAUAAAUGCCUGGAGUGUGGAAAAAGCUUCAGCCGGAGUUCCAGUCUUACUUCCCAUCAAAGAAUUCACACAGGGGAAAGACCAUAUGAAUGCCUGCAGUGUGGGAAAAGGUUCAAUCACAAUGCACACCUUACUUUCCACCAAAGGACACACACUGGGGAAAAACCAUAUAAAUGUCAGGAGUGUGGGAAAAGUUUUGGAAGAAAAUAUACCCUCCUCUCCCACCAGAAGACACACACAGGGGAGAAACCAUAUAAAUGCCUGGAGUGUGGGAAAAGCUUCAGUCACAGUGGAAGCCUUACUUUGCACCAAAGGAUACACACAGGAGAAAAACCAUAUAAAUGCCUAGAGUGUGGGAAAAGCUUCACUGACGGGGCCAAUCUUACUUCCCAUCAAAGAACUCACACAAGGGAGAAACCAUAUAAAUGCCUGGAGUGUGGGAAAAGCUUCCCUCGGCGUUCCAGUCUUAGUUCCCAUCAAAGAAUUCACACAGGGGAGAAACCAUACAAAUGCCUGGAAUGUGGGAAGAGCUUCCGUCACAGUUCAUACCUUAAUGUCCAUCAGAAAAUCCACACAGGGGAGACACCAUACAAAUGCUUGGAGUGUGGGAAAAGCUUCAGUGAUAGUUCACACCUUCAUCGUCAUCUGAAAAUUCACACAGGGGAGAAACCGUAUAAAUGCCUUGAGUGUGGGAAAAGCUUUAGUUACAGUGAAAGCCUUACAUUCCAUCAAAUAAUUCACAAAGGGAAAAAACCAUACAAAUGCCUGGAAUGUGGGAAAAGCUUCAGUCACAUUUCAUACCUUAGUGUCCAUCAGAAAAUUCACACAGGGGAGAAACCAUAUAAAUGCCUAGAGUGUGGGAAAAGCUUCAGUCACAGUGGAAGCCGUACUUUCCAUCAAAGGAUACACACAGGGGAAAAACCAUAUCAAUGCCUGGAGUGUGGGAAAAGCUUCAGUAAGAGUUCCAGUCUUACUUCCCAUCAAAGAAUCCACACAGGGGAAAAGCCAUAUAAAUGCCUGCAGUGUGGGAAAAGGUUCAGUCAAAAUGCAAACCUUACUUUCCACCAAAGGAUACACACUGGGGAAAAAACAUAUAAAUGCCAGGAGUGUGGGAAAAGUUUUGGAAGAAAAGAUCAUCUCAUAUCCCAUCAAAGAAUUCACACAGGGGAGAAAUACAAAUGCCUGGAGUGUGGAAAGAGCUUCAGUCACAGGGCACACCUUCAUUGCCAUCAGAAAACUCACACUGGGAGAAACCAUACAAAUGCCUGGAGUGUGAGAAAAGCUUCAUAG